CUGUAGGAAGAGCAGCAGCAUCAGCAGCAGUGCUGGCACCCGAGAGGAACUCUGCAGAGAGAAAACCUUCUAAAAGAGACAGAAACAGACACAGAGAGGGGGGAUUUGGUUACAGAGCGGAGGGUGAGGAUGCAGUGGGGAGAGGAUGUUGCCGAGGAGUCUGCAAGGAGGCAAAAACAAACAGGACAGGCUGUCUGAUCCAGUUCUCAAAAUGUAGGAGCUGCACCAGAAGAGCCCUCAGUGAGAGAGUGUUUGUGAACGCACCAUAACAUCCAGGGACCUGUGUUUCAAGGAUAGUGAAGGUGGAGAGGCGCAACCUGAGAAGUCUCUCCUCCACCUGCACAGAGGAUGUGAAAAUAGUCCUUAUUCAGCAAGGAGCUCGAGCAUCACCCUGAGGUUAGUGAGGUGCAAAGUCAUCCUGUUUCCUCCUGCUUUGAACACAUUGUCCUCACUUAUCCCUCUCCUCUUGAGCUCUGUCUUGUUUUUGACGAGCAUGGAAAUGAGUUGUAUGUGUGCAACACUGUUGCUGUUGAUUCCUUCAUCUUCUGCCACUUGUUCUGGUGUGUGCUGGCUGUGUUCAGUGUGUGUUUGUGGAUGUGCCCUGUCCCAGCUGACCUGUCAGGAAGUCAUAAACGGGGGGAUAAAGUGUUGUUUGUUUCCUCAUGAUGUGAUGUUGUUAUCAGGAUCAGAUGUUGUCCACGGCUCAGCAGAUGCUGCAGGAUAGCCGCUCCAAGAUCGAGCUGAUCCGAAUGCAGAUUAUCAAAGUCACCCAGGCUGGCAGCAGUGGCGGCGGCGAUGAUUGUGGCGGUGACCAUGACAGCUCCACUACACAUGGAGGUCAGAGUCCUGGGUCACAGCCCUGUUAAAAGAGGUCACACUGAUGCAGUAGAUAUGGAAACAAGUAUUUUCCUGAACACAAAGUCUCAGAAUUUUUUCUGUUUUCAAAACAACCUUUCAAAGUAAAACCAGGGACAGUAACAGCCUCUUAGUUUGUUUCAGUGAGUGAACUAGCUUUAAAAAGGCAGAAAAUCAGCUUUCACAGUCAUCAAAGCCUGUCUAUCACCCACAGCAACCCAUCUGUGAAACUAUUAAUAGCUUGUUUGUUACACUCAGAGUUUCUAAAUUUAGAUUAGCAAGCUGGAUCAUUUCACCAGAAAUACACCAGAGACCAAAAGUUGAAACACAAUAGAUAAAAAUAUAUCAGGAUAAUACGACUAUAGGGCAGGUCUGCCUUAACAACAGACAUGCAAUCUAUCAUUAAGGCAUGUGAAAGGCAAUCAGACAUAACAUUAAAUCCUGGAAAUUAAAAGCUUCAGUGGCGGGUGAAGAAGUCUCAGAGUCAUUAUUAUUGAUUAUAAAAUCUAUCAGUCCCUGCAGGUAAUUCUGCAGAUAGCAGGGAAAACAGUUUUGCUUAAUUCAGUGUCCAAAAGAAUGUUUUUAAGGAUCACAGCACAAAGCCUUCAGUUUUUAGAAGUCAAAAAUGUGUCACAUUCAUCUUUAUUUUUGGCAUUUAAGGUAUUUCAAAUUUAAAACUCAUUUUGCUGCAAACAUCUCUGCUCAUUAUGUUAAUUCCUCCUUGAGUCCACACUGUGUGCUUUGACACUGUCAUGCUUUAAUGAAUUAUUCAGUUCAGUUAAAGGCAGUAAUGUAUGCAAGGGUUUCUUUUUUCAUUGAGGUAAAGUUCAGGAUAGCCUGCUGUUCAAGAUUGCAAAUGCUGUUAUAUUGUAUGAUGUUAUUUUUGUAAAGUUUAAGCAUCUUUAAAUCAGUCUGAACAAUAUUUGAAUAUUUGCACUAUAAAAUGAAAUACAACCAAACCAAACAAAAAGCUUUUGGGAAAAAAAAUUCUAUAUAGUCUAAAAGACCUGGUCCUGGAAGAAAAAUACAGGAAAUAAACGGCUGGCUGGGGGCACCGUUUUGCUUCCAAAACCAGUAUGAUUUUUUUUCAGUCUUUAGGUUGUAAAAAUUCCUGAAUUUGACUUUGAACUCAGGGCAGCAGUCCUACUUUGGGCAGCUUAAUUUCUGUGAUGCGAAUGCCAGUUUCAUUUACCCUGCGAUGGCUGAACCAUGCUUCCUGCCAACUGUCAUCUCUGUGUGCAUUUUGCCUAAUUUUGGAAAGUGAAACCACUCUGACAGCAUUAAUAGAGACAGACUAAGAGGGUGACAUUCAGUAUUAUAACAUAGCUUUUUCAGUUCGAAGAAAUAUGUAUUACUGUUUGAUGAAAUUAUAUGUUUCAGCAGGAAGCCCCUUUGAGAUUGAAAAUGAUUUUUAUUUGGCCAAGACUGGCAGAACAAAGUGACAGAUGCACAAAAAUUAACAAUGACAAAAAGAGGGGUAAAAAAACACAUUCUGGAUCAUUUGAUAGAAACUACGACCUACUGCACCCUUCUCCAUCACCUUCUAUCUACUUUAACAAGCCUGAAAGCCUUGACUUUGGGCAAAUGAAAGUUGUAGUGCCGUCUGUGGAUAAAGUGAUGUAAGUUUUAUUCCUUACUGAUAUCGUCCGCACAAGACCAGGUAGAGUUUUCAAGCAGCAACCUCUGAUCAGUGGAAUGAAGUUGAUGCGGAAGUGCUAAAAACUUCAGUUUCUUGAGAGUCUGCUUGAGGCUGGCUUUGGAAGUACUAGAAACCACGUAUACACCCAUUCCCAAAGAGCCAGUUUUAAAGCUACAACAAACACCUUUAAAGUCUGGUUCGAAAACAGCUUCAGUCUCUGCUCACUCACCUCUUUGUCUCAUGAGACAUCAACAUUAAUGUUGGUUUGUUUUAUCAAGAGAUAAAAACUCCUCUCAGUGACAUUUUUCUCCUGCUCCAAACUUUAUUCCCCACAUUUCAAGGCACACUCUGCUAACAGAACGCAAAAGUAAGCCUUGCCAAGCUGUCACAGAGCAAAGACUGAAGCUGUCGGUAGUUUUUGAAUAAACACAGGCACAUACAUAAGAAAGAGACAAGUUCAACAUUGUCUUAUGAGUAAGUACAACCCAGUGAUUCAGUCUGCAGGCAGACAGGGAGCAGUACAAAUCAAAUAACCUCUGUUUCAACAGAGACAGAUUUCAAAGUAUGAGACAAGAAAGUCAGCACCAUGUUUCCUGGGAUCAUGUUUCCAUCCCUGACUUCUCACCUCCUUUCCUCUCAUUGAUUAAUAAUAAAGUAAUGAUCUGCUGGGAAACUGAAGCCUCUUAACUGAUGCAGGAAGCUUCAUUUAUCAUGUACCCGCUGAAUGUAUUGAUCAAACAGUUUAAUUUUGGUCAGGAUAAAAUAAGUUUCACUAAACACAGACUAGAUUUUAAUCACACCACAGCUCAGUAUGAGCCACCCAUGAUUUAGCUUUUGCUCAACUCUCAUCAAAACUAAUUUUAGAUGAAGACCCACAAAAAGACUCACACAGACUUGGUUUGAAAUGUUCAGAGAAAGCUUUCAGAAUUUAUUGCUUUCCUCCUAAAGUUUACACACAUUCACCGUAAAGAAGGUGAUUGUUUACCUUUGUAUUUCUCCAAGUUUUGUGUUUCUGCAGGUCAGAGAAAACAGCCCUGAAGCAGGUCAAAAUCAGGAAACCCAAAUCCUUCAGUAACGUGAUUAAAAACAUGGAUUCUUUUGGUGAAAAUGACAGCAUGUCAUCUGCUUAUUCCUCCGCUGCUUGUCUCCUUUUACAAACCUCUCCACAGGUGAAGGGUUUUUCUCACACUCCCUCUUACCUCUUCUUUCAGAGCUCUCAUCUGUUUCAAAUAAGUGUCAACCUAAAGCCCUAAACAUUCAUAAGCUUGUGUUAAGACCGCCUGGAGCUCAGAAAAAAUUACUAGCUCCCCUCAGCUUUAUAAAUAUUGAUUACUGAGAUGGAAAGUGUUUUUGUGGAGGAUCUGUGAGGAUGGAUUAUUUGUCUGAAGUGAAUUGCUCCUCUUCCUCCCCCUCUUAGGGAUCUCUCUGCUCACCGUCAGUCCUGCAGAUGCUCGUUUGGCGGAGCUGCAGCACUACAUGCAGAGAGAGACAGAUGUGCUGGUGCUGGCCAAAGAUGUGGUGAAGCAGCUGGAGGGGAUCUCCUCUCUGGACCAGAAGGCUCUGACUGAGGUAGGACUGUUAUUCCUAAAGUUACUCAAGUUGAGCGGAAACAAAUAUAAACAAGUAAAUACUGAUAACAGCAGUAAAACUUUGACCUGAUACAGAGAAAAAGCAAAUUUAUGGGUUUUCAGCCAACUUGCAUGCUGCAAGUCAUCAAUAACACAGUCCACACUGUCCCUUAUGGGAAAGACCCUUAUGGAGAAACGAGCAAAUCAAGCAGCUCAAACGAAAUUGCAGGAGUGCUGAAAGGAAAUGGAGAAAUCAAAAUUAACGGUCCAUCUCGAAAAAUUUUAGACAUCUCAAAACCUACAAGAGCACAGUCAAAUAGGCAAGAACUUCCCACUACAAAUAAUAAUUGCUGACAAUAAACAUAACCCCAGGGGCUCUAUGUUUGUGCCUUGUCAGAGACGUGGCGCAGGCGCAGCGUAAGUCAGGUCUGCCGCGCCGACAAAGCGUUCAAAAGCACAAUUUGGUAUUUUGGUGAGUGGCGCAGCCCGGCGUAAGUUUCCCCCCUCCCUAACUCAGCUCCUCCCAGCAGCGUAAGUCGUAGGGAGGGAGGAGAGAGGGCGUGGAGUGGCUUUAACACAGCCGAGACCUGUAUUGACUAAUAACAUCAGCUCCUCUCCUUGCCUUUAAAUCCCCCACAGGCGAGGCGUAUUACAAUUUUCAUGAAAUAGUCAAAGAGAUCAAGAGAUGUCUGAAGACAGCAAUGCCACAAGACGGCGACAGAAGGCAGCCCCUAACCAAGGGUCAAUGUAAACGCUGCAGAGGGCGCCCUUCACACUCUCUCAUAUGAGCACAGAUAGAUUUGGUGUGUAUAAGUUUGGAGCCACUAGUAAGACAAACAUCCCUUUCCACAAAUAAAGACACUCACAUAAAGUUGCAUAUAUUCAAACCUCACGUGACAAAGGUGGGUUGUGCGCACAGAUCACAUCAUAAAUUCCAAAAAUGGCAUUAAAAUCGGAACCAUCUGUGCGUAAAUGACGCAUCGCGCUCCGUGGCCUGGCUCUUUCUUUCAUAGAUGUUGGCAUAUAAAAUAAAUUUGGCUCACAAAACUGAAUAUUAUAAUAUUCGUAUGUCGGCUUAAAGUAGAUAACGCAUCUGAGCACUGAAACACAUCAUCUGUUCAGCCGCAGCAGCUGCAGCUGCAGCUGCAGCAGGACAAGGAGAGGACACAGAGACAUGCCCAGGUCGAGCUGCGCAAGAAAUAAGAGAAAGAGGAAGAAAGAAAAGGAGGGAGACAAAUUAAAUAUCUUGUUAACUUCAUCAUGUGUGUCUAUUUACUAGAUAUUUAAUUUAAUGCGGUUUCAGCUGUGUUGAUUCGGUCAGGUUGUGUGUCCAAACGCGCUCAUCAGAUCAGAUAUAGAUCAGAAUAUAUCAAUAUAGAUCUAAAUGUAUGUGCUGACACUGUGGAAACCUGCCGGUGAGGCAACGGUGGCGUAUGCAGAUACGCCGCCGGUCUACCAAAAUACCUCUAGACAGGCUGCGCUCCGCUUGCGCUGAAAGCUGACCAGGUUUAAAUCGGCGAGUUUUCAGCACACUUUUUGCACCAUGGCGAGCACGAAAAUGUCACUGCACCAGCUGAUUCCGUCGACACCUCCCCCUGCCACGCCACCACACCCAGCUUGGCGGACCUUGGUGCGCCUUCGCCGCCUCACCGGCGGACACGAAAAUAGAGCCCUAAAUCUAAAAUGCUCACUCUGUGUGCGUUAGUGUGUGUGGGUCUAUAGGUGUAUGUGUGGGUGGGAGGGUCAUGUUUUAUUGUUCUUUUUAGCCUCUAUGAGUCACUUAAAACUACAUUUAUGUCUGAAAAGUUCCAUAGAAAUAAAAUUGAGAUUGAAUUCGAAUUUCACUUAAAAACACCAAUCAUAACAGCCUGCUGUUUCUUCCCAUCAGGCUCAGUCCCGGGUGUUGGAGUCCUCUCAGAAGCUGGAUCUUCUGCAUCAGUCUGUGGAGAAAUGUCUGAAAGAAAAGAGCCAGGAGCCUUUACAGCUUCCUGCAGGAGAAGUCCCCUCAAACGGACCGCCGUCUCCCCAAAACUCCAGACCUGUGUGCUGCCUGUCCAACUCCUCAUCCAUCUUCUCCAUCAGACCCGCUUCCCUGACGGGUACGUUUGUUUUAGUUUGAGGAUUUACACCUUUAAGCUGAGCUGUCUUGUUUCUAAGACAGACAUUAAAACAAACAUAAAUCAGUUUGAAAGAUUAAAAAAAAAAUCAGACAGUAAGACAGAUGGACUCUCUCGGUCUCAAACAGCUUUGAAACAACCCUGUGAGUUAUGACCAGAUGUGCAUGGGGACCAGUGAAAGUUUCUCAGCUCAGCAUAAGGCUGGAACUGUGAAAACCAGUUUUUGGUUCUCUCUGUACCCCACAGUUAUUAUAGAGAGGAACUUCUCCUUCUCAAUCAAAUCAAUCAAUCAAUCAAAUUUUAUUUAUAUAGCACCAAAUCACAACAGUCGUUAUCCCAAGACACUUUCCAAAGAAAAAGAGCAGGUCUAGACCAUGUCCAUUGUUUGAUGAAUUGAAAAAGACCCAACCUUAAGAUGGGACAGAUUUGACCCAUCUCAUCUAACAUGAGUGACAGUGGUGAGGAAAAACUUUCUUUUAAAAGGCCGAAACCUAGAGCAGGACCAGACUCAGGUUAGACAGCCACCUGCCGCUGCUGAGUUGGCGAGAAACACACAGAGAGAUAGGGAGGGAUAUAUAUAGAAAGAGAGGAGUAGGAGAGAGGGCAGGGGGGAGAGAAAGAGAGCAAGGGAGUAGGAAAGAGAGAGAAUGAGCAAGGGAGAGAGAGAGACAGGGGACAGCAGCAACAUUUAAAACAACAACAACAGCUCGUCCAGAGCUUCUAAGGUGAUGGUGGAGGAAACUCCAGAACCUUUCAGAGUUCUUACUAAACCCUUUGGAGGAACUAUCACUGUUAGCUGCCCUGUUUUUUUUUUAUCUGCUUUUGAUUUUGGGUUGAAUUCUCUUUGUAACUUGUUUUUGAUAAAUUUGAAAUUACUAAAACAGUUAUUCUAAUUAUUAUGGCAUUUUUAUGAAUAAAAAGCACAACUAUUCACCAGCCUCUGACUUUUAGAAAAACCAUGACAAGUUAUGAGGAGCAAAACACAGAUAUACUUCUUCAGUUCUUUUUUAAAGGCCAUCAAAUCUGACAUUAAUAUACCUGUAUUUUAAAGAAAUGUGUCUGAUUGUUGUUCCACGAGUUGCAGCUCAAGCCCAGUCAGCUAAGUGAGUGCAGAGCAGUUGAAGAGAUUAAAAUGACAAUGCAUUCGCUGCAUGAGACCUAUGAGAAAAAAACAAGUCUGAUACUAUUACUGCAGAGCCAUGAGGGAGCGAGUGUGCAUCAGAAAGUGGGCCACAAUGAUUUGUCUCUGGGUCUGAGUCAAGUCAAACAGUCACCCUCUUAUUUAGCACCAAUUUGUGGAUCAUGCACCUAGUAACUCCAACCUUUACAAAAUUUAAAAGGACACUUUCAGAUAUGAUCAACCUAGGUGAAAACUUCCUGAAAGUUUUGUCUCUGUAUUUUUUUCUCUUAAACUUGCCACCUGUCUGAGCCGUCUAAUGUGUGCCCACAGUUUGAACCUGGUUCACAACAUGCUGACCUCUGGCUCAGGGUAAUCAGAACAUGUUAUCUGCUGGUUUUGGAUGGUUCAGAUGUAAGCCCGUCUCUGUCUGCACAAGGCCAAGAAAAGGCCGGAUAUAAAAAAAUCCUUUUGAUGAUGUAACAUGGAGACAAAUCCUGGAGUUGCUCUAUUGGCAGCGAAUAGUGAAAGCGAGUCUCAGAGCCCUGAAACACUGGAGGUGAUUUUCUGCUCCUCAGCUGCAGAAAAAUGAAGAGAGAGGAGAAGUGAAAGCCCAAGUGCAGCUGCAGACAGUGCUGAUUAAAGGCUUCAGUCUGAAAGAUUCAUUAAAGCUGAAAAGUGAAGGUUUUAUUUUAAAUGUGCCCUCAUUUAGAUGAGCUGUGCUAUCUGAGAUUCAUUACUGGAAAUCAGAAACUCACACAGUUACACUUUAUGAGACCGAAGUGUUUUUGCUUUUUUGAAGGCUUUUGAUUCGAAUUUUCUACGUUAUUUUUUUAGGGAAACUUCAAGUCAGGCUUCUUGGAUGUGAUGACUUAUCAGAACCUCAGACAAACCUGGAGCAGAAAAACCACCAGAGUCCAAAUGAGGACAGAUCACCCACAGCUCAUAGGAAAGAUGGAACCUCUGGUGAGGACAACUUAAAUUGUUAGAUGAUAAAGUUCUGUUUUUAUGAUUUCAUGUUGAACUUUUCUCAGCUGUGUAUGUGCAUGUAAAGGUCACAUUUUUUUAUCCACUCUAGUUUGAUUGAAGUCUUGCAGAGAUUGAAAGGAACCAAAAACAAAUAGGGAAGUUGGGUCAGAAAAAAUAGUUUUGUUGCCCCCUGCUGGGCAGUAGGGAGAAUGCGGGUUUGCAGCGCUACAGCCUUGGCCUCAGUAGAUCUUCAUAAUCAACAAAAAACCAAAUGUGAAUUUUUGUCUCCUGUGAAAUCUUUUCUCUGUCUCUCAGUCAAGGUGAGUGCAGUGCUCAGACUUGACACCAGGGUGGUAGGUCAGAGUCGCUGGGCUGCUAUUGGAAAAUUUAACUGGGAUGAGACAUUCUGCAUCCAGCUGGAGCGGGUGAGUCCAGUCAGACACAAAAACAGUCAGUAAGUAAUCUAGUGUUGUCCUGCUUUUAGCCACAUUUUACCGAGAUCCAAGCUUGAUCAGUAGAAGUCACAAUAAGUAAUUGUGAAGAUAAAAUAUUCAAUUUCUGUAUGAAAAGCUUCAUUUAAAAUCGAAGACAUGUAAUCGUCAGCUAAAUUUACCAUAAGGGCCUAUGUCUAUCGAGAUCUUUCUUGCUUGUAGGGCCUACAACCCAGAAAAAACAGAGUAAUAAAAUUUCCCUCUCUUUGGACUUCUGCUGAUGUAGUUGAUCAAGAUGAUGCUAUAUGGCGGUGGUACAAAGUUGUAACUGUUUUCUAGGGAUGCAAUGAAUUAAAAAGUCUUGGCCGAAACGGAAAACUGAAAAUGAGGAAACCAAGGCUGAACACCAAAACACUGAAAGAAAUUUUUUAUGCCAGUUAUUAGUACCAUUGCAUUUAUAGCUAUGGCUGUGUACUAGCAUCACUAAAACCAAAACAAUGCAAUUGUAUAAAUUAAUAUCACAUUAAUAUUAAUUUAUACAUUUGCAACAUGAAUUUGGAGUUUUUGAGUCAACAUGUUGCUGCAUGUUCUGAGUGGUUUACACCUUUAGAUGGUGCCCACGAGUCAGGGGCAAAAACAGCUUAAAAGUUCUGAGAGAAGAAGUGUUGCUCGUGACCUAAAUGACAUAAAGUAACUAGUAACCCAUGCUACAUACUCCGGUACAGUAGGUGGCGGUAUGCACCUAAUAAGCUAUGGUUGCAACCCGCCAGAAAACCAAAAGAAGAAGAAGAAGUGUUGUUCGUGGUGGAGACACAGCUAAAAGAAGUAACGUUACUGUGUUUUAUUUCAAGCAGCCAAGAGCAGGAGCUGAGCACGACUUUGCGUUGCAGUGUUUAUUUCUGUUAAAUUUAUGAAUAAAAGUAAGAAGAAGUGAAACUUCCCCCAUUGUCCGUUUGUGCAUUUGGCUGCAACAUCCCCCACAGACAGAGUGGGCGUGCUUGGAGGGAUUUUCCUGCUCUGUGCCACGUUUUUCUCACAUUCAAAGUGUUUGGAUUUAAGGUGAUAAAUUAAACCUGAUGUGAAAAAACUCUUUGCAGAUGCGCCCUCUCUUGAAAUUUUGGCAUUUUGGCACUAUGCUAUGCUAUGCAAAGUCAUGCUAUCUGUCGUCCUCAGAUAUAUUGAAUCCACACAGCGGACAUGUUGGCCCUUAUCCAGACAAGCGUAUGCUGGCUGCAGUUUUUGCUUGCAUCAUCACAACAUCUGUUUCAGCUGUGUUGUUUUGGUUAGAAAAGUCUCUUGGCUGAAAACGGAAAAUGCACUUUUUGCCCAUUUUCGGCUGAAAAUUUUUGGUGGCUGAAUUUUCGGUGCAUCUGUUUGCAGCUCCUGUGAGUGCAGUAUGUUUUGGGGCCAAGGAUCCUGAGUGCUGUAAGAAAUUAUAGAGCUGACACAGCAAGAUGCAAUCAGUGGACACAGGCCCUUACUUUGCUGAGUAAAGGUCUUAAAAACUGGGAGGGUAUCAGGGGCAGUGGGCUUAGCUGGUUUCAUUCGUAUCUUUUAAAACAAACCUUUGCAGUAACCAUAGGCAAUCACACCUCCUCUACUUCUGCUAUCGCCUGUGGUGUACCGCAAGGUUCAGUUUUAGGUCUAAUUUUAUUUUCUAUCUACAUGCUGCCCCUCGGCCAAUUUAUUCAGUGCCACCAAGUCUCCUUUCACUGCUACGAAGACGACACACAGAUAUAACUUCCUUCGAGACCUGAGGACCCAAGAGGCCUAGCUUCUGUCGUGGACUGUCUAAGUGACAUUAACUGUUGGAUGGCACAAAAUUUCCUUCAGCUAAAUUAUUCAAAAUCUGAAAUAAUUCUCUGUAACAUACAAAACUCCCCCCUCAUACAGUCUUGUCUCAGCCCACAUUCAGUGAUCAUCAAACCAACAGCCAGAAAUCUGUGAGUAACCUUCGAUUCAGACCUCACCUUCUCCACCCAUAUCAACAUGAUUGUCCAGUCCUGUUUCCUUCACCUGCGUUCAAUUUAAAAAAUUAAACAAAUACUUACCCCACCAGAUCUUGAAAAAAUAACCCAUGCUUUCAUUUUCUCAAGGCUGCAUUACUUUAACUCUCUCCUCCCUGGUUUGAACAAGAAAUCACUCUCCCGCCUCCAACUAGUUCAGAAUGCAGCAGCUCGGCUUUUAACUGGUUUUAGUAGACGGCAUCACAUCACUCCAAUUCUAGCCUCCCUUCACUGGCUUCCUGUCAGUUUUAGAAUUGAUUUUAAGAUUUUAUUGAUUACUUUUAAAGCACUCGAAGGACUUGCCCCAAGCUACAUUUCAGAGCUUUUAAUACCUUAUCAGCCAACUCGCAGCCUCCCCUGGCGAAGGCCUCCUGGUCGUUCCAAAGUCGAGGCUCAAAACUAAAGAUGAUCGAUCUUUCUCCAUCAGAGCUCCUCGACUUUGGAACAACCUGCCAGAAGAGAUAAGGCGCACAGAGACAGUCGCUUCUUUUAAGUCAAAUUUAAAAACUAACUUUUACAGACUUGCUUUUAUGUGAUGCCAUCUUUUCUCUUUUUUUCUUUUAUCUCUUUUACCUCUAUCUUAUUUUGGCUUACUUUCUUUUUAGCCUUUGUUUUACAUAUAAUCUUUUCUUAUUUUACCUUUUAGGCCUCUCAUUAUUUUUAUUGUUUUUCCUGCUCAUUUUUGUUAUUCCAUUUUAUCAUUACUAUUAUCAUUAUUAUUUUGUUAUAUCAAUAUUUAUAUUGUCUUUUUAUAUUUACUAUCAUAUUCCCUGCUUUCUACCCCCCUCUUUUAUUACAUUUCUUUUCUGACUAUUUUAUGUUUUUAUUUUGGUCCUCAUGGUCUCAUUUUAUGUUGUAGGGUUCUUGUAUUGUCUGGGUUCCUUAUGAAAAAUGAAAUUGGUCUUCAGUUCGGAGGCCUUGUUUCUAACUGAGCCUUUGUUUUUUAUUUGUUUUUAUUUCCAUGUUCUGAUGUUCUGUGCUUUACGACUGUUUGUCAAAGCACUUUGUAAACUUCUGUUUGUAAAAGUGCUAUAAAAAUAAAGUUAUUAUUAUUAAAGUCAUUAUAAAAUAUAGAUAUAAUUAACUUAUAAACAUGUAUUUUAUUUAGAUAUCACCUGCUGGUCUGAAUAAUCAGAAUAACUUGUCUGUAGUUUUUCCUGCUGCUGUAUUUUGGUGUGGCUGUCUCAGGGAGCAGCGUGUUGGGGUGCUUUGGUCAUGUACAUUUCUGAUUGAAGUUAAUAGUGACUACAGAACUGCCUCAGCUGUACAUUUUUUAAAUGAUUCUUGGUUUGUUUAAUUUUUAUACCCGUCUUAUUUCCAUGUUUUGGGUUAUUUGCAAGUUAGUCUUUUUUGGACAACAUGAGCCAAAGACUUCACAUCCUGCAGAAGUUUACACUGUGACUAACGAUUCUUUGGAUGACAUUGUGUUUAACCUUUUCUGUUCUUCUUCUUCACUCUUUUCCUCAUAUUGUUGCUCUUAUCGGUUUUGUUUCCUCUUUUAGUGCAUGAAAAAACUGAAUCAAACUUGACUGCUGGGCAGCUUUUCUGCACCUACAGGAAUUUUAUUAUUGUUGUAGUUCAGCCUUUGGCCAACAAUUGUCUCCCUAACACCUGCCAAUAGCUCUUCAUCACAGCAUAUCAAUGAUUGAGUCCACACUAAAUAAGGAGGAAAGCAAUGAGUUAAAGCUAUUUACUGCUGCAGAACAGGUUUUCAUGCCUUUUCUUAACCCAGUCAGCUCAUUUCAGUUACAAAAGACAGACAUGCAAAAACAAUUUUUAAUCUUAUCGGUUAAAAAAAGGUAAACAGUUUAAAAAAAUAAAUAAAAAUAAAACAGCCUUGCUGGUAGAAAAAGAACCAGGUUGAUCUAUUAGUAAUGUUUUUGUGUUGGUCCGACAGUCUCGAGAACUGGAGAUCGGAGUCUUCUGGGGGGAUCGGAGGGCCAUGUGUGCUGUGAAGUUCCUGCGACUGGAGGAACUGAUGGAGAACCAGAACCUGAACCAGGAGUUCAUCCUGGAGCCACAGGGAGUUCUUCAUGCAGAGGUACUCACAGUCACUUUUUCUGCAGGGAUUUCUUACAGAACUUGGAUGGUCAAAUAAACACGAAUAAGGAGCGAAACACAGCCAAAAAAAGUACUAAUAAAACUAGUUUAAAGUUUACCUUUUCAAACCGUGUCCUUCAUGCAAUCUUUGAUUUCUUCAUUGCAGCUUUUAAUUGAUAUCUAUUCAAAAGAAUUGCAUAUGUAGCUUAGGUUUAAUCCUUUUAAUUUCUUUUUUUUUUCUUUCACUGUUGGUCCCUGUAAUGUUUCACCUAUUUCAAGAUUAGGAGUUUAAAAGCAGUGUUACAGUUUAACACCUAAGCCUCCAAACUGUACCCGUCUGAAUCAGAUUACCUGUGCUGUUUCUGCAGAUUUAAAACAGUUAACGUCACAAAAAUCUCCUUUUCCUGGUUUCACAGCUUCGUUUCAUUGACACUGUUGUUGAACGUCAGCCAAAAUUGAGACGUCAGAGAUGCAUCUUCACUAAAGAGAGAGGUACUGACAAACAGCCUGAAGGACAUUAUACAGACAGAUAUGCAGCCUGUCUUUUCUGCUUAGCCGUCCACCUGUCCCUGUUUGACUCGUUUAUAUCCUCAGGUAAGAACUUCCUCCGAGCGGCUCAGAUGAACAUGAAUUUUGCCACCUGGGGUCACCUGAUGAUGAACAUCCUCCCUCGGUACAGCUCCUUCACCACAUUCAGCUCCUCCCUCUCCCCGACCCCCGACACUGUGGUCAGCAACAGCUCACAGCCCCCUGAGAAAGAGCCUCAGACCAACACCGCACUGCCAAGGUCAGGAACUAAUCUGAUACACCUGAAACAGAGUUAGAAAGUGAGCCUCUUCACUCUCUCUGACUGUAUUUUUGUAUUUACAAGCCCAGGUAUCUGUCCUUCAGACUAACUCGUCACAUUAUCUAAAGACAGCAUUUCUGAACCAACAUGAGGGCUUUAGAAGUUUGGGAUAAAAACUGAACAAUGUCCAUAUUUUCUUUUUGUUUUGUCUUUUUCAUGUUUAGUGAAGCUCCUGUAAUCACAAUCAGCCUCACUGAGGAUCAGACGACUCCUUCCAGCCUUGACCAAGGAGACAAAAGCUCUACCAUCAUCACCACUGACCACAAAACCUCAUCUGCUCCUGCAUCACAAGAUACAAUGGUAAACUCCUGUUCUGAAGUUUGAUCCACCAGGAGUGGGUUAGUGAUAGGGCAAAAGUCUGAAUGAUGUGUUUCCAACACUGUGUAUAUCCAUUUUUUUAGCUAUGCUUGUGCCAAUGCAUUUACCACUGAUCCAAAUUUGGGAUGGUGCAGAAUAACAGUAACCAACUGCAUCUGCAGCUGUGACUCGUUUUCAUUGAAAAUCACAAUUAUCUCCUCUGUUUGCAGUCGUCCACAAUUGCCACAGAAGGAAGUGAAGAUCAGCCUGUGUUGUCUCCAAAGUAAACACUGUCUCUUUUCAUCCAUUAUCCUGUCAAAGUAGAACAUUUCAAGAGCGGAGGUCAUUUUCUGUAUUUCUUUCUUUCUCCAGGAUGCAGGUGGAUGAUUACAGAUAUAUUUCAGUUCUGGGCAGAGGACACUUUGGCAAGGUGACAGUAGAACUCCAUCAAACUUUAUUAUUAAAAUAUCUCUCCCUGAUGUUUCUCCUCAGCUGGUAUGUUGUGAUUUUUUUGUCUUUAGGUUCUUCUUGCAGAGUUCAAGAAAACAGGGAAACUGUACGCCAUCAAGGCCUUAAAGAAAAAAGACAUUGUGACACGGGAUGAAGUGGACAGGUGAGUAUAAGGAACUCUAACAUAAUGACAUAAAAAUAAGUGUCAGGGUUGCUGUAUUUGGAUUGGCACACAAUAGUUAAGCUGCCUCAGCGUCGAUCUGCUUCCUGCUAACAGAAAGUAAACAACACUUUUGGAUGUCACGUUUCACUUCAAGAAAACUGCACUGACAGUCAGCACUCAUUCACUGUCUGUUUUAGCUCAUCUUAAAUACAGAGAAUAACUCCAGUAAAAUCUGGGGUGUUUUUCCGCAGCCUGAUGAGCGAGAAGAGGAUCUUUGAGAUGAUCAACGCGUCCAGACAUCCGUUCCUGGUGAACCUCCAUGGCUGCUUCCAGACCAGCGACCAUGUUUGCUUUGUUAUGGAGUAUUUACCAGGUGGAGACCUCAUGAUCCACAUCCACAACGACGUCUUCUCAGAGGCUCAGACCAGGUACGAGUCCUCCUGUCCCCCUCCUCUUUAACAAUAUCAUCUUUGUUUAUCUUUGUCUUUGUUUGAGUCUUUUUUUAACGAUAUGAAUGUUUCAUCUUGUUGUUGAUGUUGCAGGUUUUAUUCAGCGUGUGUCAUACUUGGGUUAGAGUUCCUGCAUCUUAACAAAAUCAUCUAUCGGUAAGUCAAGCUCGCCCCGCAGAGAGGUCACCUUAAAAAAAGACUGUUACCUCAGGUGUUUUUACCUGUUCUUCUUCUUCUUCUCACUCAGAGACCUGAAGCUGGACAACCUGCUGAUGGAUGCAGAUGGAUUUGUGAAAAUAACAGACUUUGGACUCUGCAAAGAAGGUGAAUUUAUUCAACACAUAAAACUCAAGUCACCAGACAUCUCUAUUUACCAAACAUGUAUGUUAAAGUUUCAAAGUUUUAAUUUUCACUUAAGAAAAAGGGUAGAAAAGUCAGCUCAGUCUGUGCUUUAUCCUGCUCAAAUAAGAAGAUAUUUAAGUUAUUCAGACAGAGGUUUUGUUGGAAAUUAAAAGUAUCCCAGUGAAAAAAAUGGUGAAGGUUUUAAUGAACCUCAGUUUUGAGUGGAAUCUUUAUUUUUAGGGCCUCUUUAUGGUAUUUGAUGAUGCUAAUGUACUGUCCUUUUCUGUUCAGGGAUGGGUCAUGGGGACCGGACCUCCACUUUCUGCGGGACUCCUGAGUUUUUGGCUCCAGAGGUCCUGACAGACGACAACUACACCCGAGCUGUGGACUGGUGGGGGAUGGGUGUCCUGAUCUUUGAGAUGCUUGUGGGAGAGGUUGUUACUGAUUCAGAUGGUUUAGCCUCAGUAACUCAGAUGUUUCUAAGCACUCAUUUUCUGCCUAUAUUUAAUGUUGUAAAUUUAAAAAAACCUUUGUCAUCUCUCUCUUCCUCCUUCCCUCUGGUCUGCUCAUAGUCUCCGUUCCCCGGGGAGGAUGAGGAGGAGGUGUUUGACAGCAUCGUCAAUGAUGAUGUUCAGUAUCCAGCGUGUCUUCCUCCUGAUGUUGUCUCCAUUGUCCAGAAGGUAAAAAAACUUUUAACAUGAUUCUCUCUAAAGGUCUGAAAACUUGUUACAUUUUUUUGUUACAUAUAACAACAGUAGUAAAUGUUUCUGUAUCGGUUUUUGAUUAAUUGAUUGAUCGAUAAAUGAUUUUUUGCAGCUUUUGAAGAAGAAUCCUCUAAAGAGACUUGGAGCUGGGGAAAGAGAUGCUAAUGAGGUGAAAGGAGACAAAUAUUUUGAGGUAAAUAACAGAAGUCACAUUCAUCUUUUGAAGUUUUAUUCUUCACAAACAGCAUGUGGGCACCACAAAUGAGGAGGUUUCCACCAGAGGGUCCAGUCCAGUCUAGUACAGUCUUGUUCUUCUUUAAUUUUGCUGUAAACUGUCUGAAUCCUGUAAAUGUAAGAUUUGAUGGACAGCCUUGCUUGUUAAAGAUAAACUUCUGCCCAUGAUCUAAAUGAACUGAUCCUGGGUUUGUCUUCUCUCUCCUCUCAGACCAUAGACUGGGACGCCCUGCUGGCCAAAAAAGUCAAACCUCCAUUUCUGCCGUCGAUCAAAGAGUCAAUGGAUGUCAGUAACUUUGACAGUGACUUCACUCGCCUCAAGCCCGUCCUGUCGCCCCCCUCUAAACCCUUCGUCCUCUCUGCAGAGCAGCAGGAAGCGUUUGCAGAUUUCGACUUCUGUGCUCUGCAUGGAUGAAGGCGAGCAGGAAAGACCAGGGUGGGAGACAGACAUUUACUUUAGCUUUGUAUCUGGGACCAUUUCAGAGGUAGACAGCUAUUUUCAUGUCGGUGAAAUAGAGUCAGGAAAGCAGUGAUUAAAGAUUUUACCCUGAUUUGAAUUGAAGAAUUGUCCAGGGCCAGGGAAUCUAGUUUGUUUUUGCUCUGGAUUAACAAAGAAAAACAGGAUUGGAUCAACUUGAUACAAACUUUUAAAGUUACCAAACCCAGAUUCCUGGAGUUUCAAAAGAGACGACAAACUUUGUUCACAGACAUUUUCUGUUUGAUAUUGAUGCUAUUCAGUAGAUCAUUUUAUCAGGACACGUUUAUGACCACUGAAAGUUUUUUAAAACUUUAAUCCUGCAGUCCAGCCUGAAUCCAGCCCUUUGUUGGGGUCAGGAUAAUCCUGAUUUUAUUGAUUAGUUAUCGCAGUCCUACUUAAAGUUUUCAACAUAUACUUGGAGUUUAAAACAGACUAAAAAACAGGAUUAGAUUAUCUGAUCCUUUCAUGAUCCCUUUUGAACUCACUGUUUUCAAGCAUUGAACCUACAGGACCGCUUUAAUCUGAUCUGGCUUUCACUUUUUCAAGUAAAGUUUCCCACUCUGGUCUUGCCAGUUCUUCCAAAGUAAACAUACCCUUUUUCUGCAGCUCGAAAAGGAUAAAAUUAAAUAGAUUUUUCUGACUGUUGUCACUAGUUGUCCAAUGUACCCUCAAACCCAGAUUAAAUAAUGAGGCAGCAUCACCUUUUUUUGUCUCUAACAGAGCAAAGACAGGGAUAUUUGCCCGCUGUAUUUGACCAGAGCUGCACUGUUUGGCUCUCUCCUGCUGUGACAGACCUGAUCCUAUAAUAAGUUUUAUUUACAUCAAACAAAAUGUUGUACAGACAAAUUUAGAUAACCUACAACAGGAUGCUUGAAGAGGUUAUAAAGUUAGCAUCUCUCUUGUAAGCUUCUUCUCACUCACUGUCAGCUCACUUUAACAUCUCCAGUGCUGGAAAUGUGCUUUAGUCAUACAUUUGGAGUGAACAUAAGUAAGUAAGUAAAAUAUUGUAAAUAGCUUGGUCUUAACUUUCUGAGAGACAAAUAAUGAGCUCUCAUCACAUGUUUAAAAAUCCACCAUUAUUUUCUUCAGCUUUAGAAAACCCAGCAUUGGUCUGGCUCGAACACUCAUGACAAAAACCUAUGCACUAAUUUUAACAAAGUUCUGUUUGAUGAACCAGGAAGUAGCUGCUGAUGUCAAAAUAGUAACAGCUACUAGCUGUUAAAACAAGAUGUGAUUACAAGGUGACAAAGGGUUUAAAGCUUGUUCUGGAUAGAGUUCACCUCACAUAUGGUAGACUGUAUGCAUGCUCCACCUCUCUACCACUCUCGGAUUUCAUGAGGGAAAAAUAAGGAAAGAGAGAGAAAAGAAGGUGUCCUGGACGAUAGAGCUAGAAUGAGCCUAUUUGAGGAACAAUUCAGGAUAACCAGGUUAGGAUGCACACUCUACCUCCCACACUGACAUUUCACUAGAUGUGAGAGGAGAGAGAAAAGACAAGAGAGGAGACUGAAGAAAUGUUUCAAAAAGAGGUCAAGGAAGGAAGAUCCAGGGCAACAAGGUUAGGUUGAAUGCUCUACCUCCACCUACUUUUGGACUUUUAUUGAGGGAGUGAGGAAAGAGAAGGAAGAGUCUGUUGAGAGAAGUUAGAAAAUGGUGAAAAAGGCAAAGACAGGGUGAGAAGCCAGGUAAGGUUUGGACUUAUCCCAGUAGGGUCAGGCUGUACACAUUACCUCCCCUCCAUUCCCCAGUUUUCAUGUGGGAAGAGAGAAAACAAUAAGAAGUCAGUCUGAGAUGAGAGAUUAGGAAAAGGAUGGAAACGUAUUUGACAGUGGAGAGGGAAGGCACAGCCAGGUCAAAAAGCUUUGACCAGAAUUUAUUACAACCAGGUUAGCUGUACCUUCCCACUACUCCCCCACUUUAAUGAGGACAAAGAAAUGUUAUGUUUCUUAUGUUAGAAGAAGGACAGGGAAAGUUGAGUCAGGUUGAAAAGCCUGUUUGGACUUGAACUUAGAUUUAACGCUCUACCCUCCCACUUCUCCCCCACAGCUUAGGCUAUGCUCUCCAGCUUCCAAACACUCCCACUGGGGAUGUACUUGUUACUGCUUAAAUGUUGUAAAUUCAUCCAUGAAGAAACUUAAGCAUUUGAACUUUUGCAUACUGACGAGGUACCUCUUAAAACCAGCUGGUAUGUAACCUCUUUAAGCAUCCAGUUUGUUGGAGACCGAUUUAGCUUGCUUCGUGGCCUUUGCUUCCUAUAUCUACUCUAAAUAUAUAUCCCUCUGAGGUACAGUAUGUGCUGCCAUUUCUAUGCAUCACUGUGACAGGCUUCGCCCACUGCCCUGAACAAAACAAGAAACACAAAGCUAACCCAAGUCCUGGUUAUGAGCCUUUUCUAAAAAAAGAUGUUAACUCCAUGAUGAAAAUUUUCAUAUACUUGUCAACUCAAUCCUUCGUAGCUUAAAUACACUUAUAUUCACGUAUCACUGUCCUCUGACCAACUGUUUUCUGUUACAGCGGUGGUAGUGCAUGGCACUGUGGUGAACUUGUGCACUAGAUAUCCUGUACUUGCUAGAAUAAUCUAAAAAGCCAUAGAGAAUUUAAUAUAGCCAUACUAUAUAUGAAAAUAUAUGUAUUUUCAGUUAAGCUAACCAUAUUCUGUGAUAUAGAUCUCUGAUGAUGUCAGUGCAAUAUAAAUAGAGGUGGAAGAGGAGCAGCAGGGAUGAAGCUUUAAGAUAAAGGUUCUGAUUUCACUGACCUCCAGAAAAAUCACCAAAAACAUGCCAAAAGUUUGAGUAAAAAUAUCAGAACUGACAGAGAGCUGGGGCGCUUCAGCAAAACAAGACAGGAGACUUUAAAGAAAAGCUUCACACCAGUUUCAGUUUAAGAGUAGGAAGUCACAAAACAUUCAGACAGUCAUCCUCAGGCUUUAACACCAAACUUCAGGAUGUAUUUUCUGGAUGUUUGUGGUUUGAAUUUAUGGGAAAUGUAGAUCUUGUUACAAAUAUUUGCUGUUUUUCACUCACAAGUCAGUGUUUGACCUCCAGUGUGAACCACGCUGGGAAAAAAAAUAUUCAAAUGAUUUAAAAAAAUUUCCUUCAAAAAAUUGUAACUAUAACUCUAAAUACUGUGUAUAUGAAGUGGGCAAAGCCACCAUAACAUUCCCCAAUAUUAUCUUUACUUCUGUAUUCAAGCCCAUGGUAAGCAUUUUCUGUCACCACUGUUUCUUAUUUUUUGAAGCAAGAGCAACCAUACUUUUGAUUCCAGGUUUGCUCAUUAAAACAUGGGGGAAAAAAAAUUGUACCAGGCGACCAACAUGUUUUUACUACGAGUCCGGAUUAGGAUUUAGGCCUUUUUGGGAUCAGCCCCAAGGGGCCGUUUUAGGAACUGUAGUUUUUGGCACUUCCAAUUUAGUCAUAACUGCUGCUUUCUCUUCAACAGCAAAAAGGUCACCUGAUAAUCUUUAAAUAUUAGCGAUGUGGAAAUGUAGGAAUUUUGAAACUUUCCUUGAGCAAGAAAAGUAUUUUUUUCCUUUACAAACGGCUUCCUGGUGUAAUUUGAGAAGAAAACUGGGAAGAAUAUUCUGGCAAGCAAAAUGAGCAUCAUAAUCCUUAAGUGUUUUUAAAAGUUAUUUUAAAGUCUUAAACCUUCUUUUCUGUCAUCACAUUUCCAUAAUCUUUCAUCUGCUUCUACAAAUCAGUGUCUGAGUGCUCAGUAAUGUUCCCUGCAGGAGUUUUAAUACAUGGUCAGAUGUUUUCAGUUGCUUCUCAAUGAGGGAUUUCUAUCAAAACCUGCUUCUUUGCAGAGCCUGUUACCUCAUUUUAAACCCCUGAAACCAAUAUCCAUGAGCAGGCAAUUCUGAUAUAAAAUUAAAACUAGAUCUAUUACACAAUCACUGUCAUCUCAUGUUUCCACUGAAUAUUGUGGACAGUGGGAUAAAUGCAGACUCAUUAGGAAGCUUGAUGAAGUCAUAUUUACCUGCUCGCGUCCAGGUGUGAUAAGUUGCUCUUUAAACAAACAGGAUUAUCAUCCUGACGGUUCACUACAGCUCCUCCAGUCUUGCUGAAGUGCCCUUGAGCAAGGAGCAAAACCCUUUACCUGUGUCAGACAAGAUUGUCAGCUUAAUGAGCAGGAUGUAGCAGGAUAAGCGGGCGGUGUUAAUUUAGCAACUGUAGCACUUUAAGUUUAUGCUGCUGAAUAUUACACACGUUACUUCUGUGUCAGUACUGUAUUUAUGUAUGUUUGUAUGUAUGUGAAGCAUCAUGACUAGGAAUGUCAUUGUGUACAGAUGUACUCUAUAACAACAGGCAUAUCAUAUCAUCAGUGUUUUAAUGUACUAUUGUUGUCAAUAAAUAAAAACAGAAAAAAUAUAGUAAAAAAAA